GCGUUCACAGAGGGAAGCAACGUCCUGCUGCAGUGAGCUUUGAUUCACAGGAACUCUGACACGCAGCAACAAAAGAACAUUUGACACUGGGAAAACUGUCAGGAGACACAGUGAAACAUCAUGACUACGCUGCUGGACCUAAAAAGUAGUGUGCUGAGGCAGGUGCAGAGGAGCCAGUCGCUAAGGAGCCGAAGGGAACCUCCUCCUCCGACUGCCAGCAGCCCCCUCACACACUGUCCUGACCCCUUACCUCGCAGGAUUUCAGAGGAGAGCGUGGAGUUCUUUGAGCGUAUGAAUGCCAUCCUGCAGAAACAGGAGAACAUGAUGCGGGCGGCCCAGGCAGAGUGCCAAAGAGGGGCCUGCACAGUUCCACCACCCCAAGAGCAUGUGGACCAAGCCUUUAUCCCCGACAGAAUCAGCAGGACAGAGCUGGACCUGCUUUAUGAGGAAGCUGUGUACACGGUGGUCAACAGGGUUGGAGUGCCCUCACCCGAACAUGUGAAAAGUGACGAUGAGCUCUUUGCUUACCUGCUGAAGGUUUUUGAUAUGGGUGAGGAAGAACAUGAAAUCAUUCUCCAAAAAGUUCAAGAAUCCAAGAGAGCCAAUUUUUCCUUGAGAGUUUCUGUUAUGAAAGCAAAGAAUCUAAUGGCCAAGGAUGCAAAUGGCUACAGUGACCCAUAUUGCAUGCUGGGCAUCCUCGUGGGCCAGAGCCCUCGGGAAACGGAGGAGAAGAAGGAGAGAAAGUUCAGCUUCAGGAAGAGGAAGGACAAGCUAGAGAAACGCUCCAGCACCAAGGAAGUGUUACCAGCCAGGUGUAUUCAGGUGACUGAGGUCAAACCUGAGACUCUGAACCCAGUGUGGGACGAGCACUUCGUGUUUGAAAUAGACGAUGUCCACAAUGACCUCUUACAUCUAGACAUAUGGGAUCACGAUGACGACGUAUCUGUUGCUGAGGCCUGCAAAAAGCUCAAUGAAGUCAGUGGACUUCGAGGAAUGGGCAGGUAUUUUAAGCAAAUAGCAAAGUCGGUGCGCGCGAAUGGAUCUGCAUCAUCAGGCUCUGAGGAGAAUGUAGAUGACUUCCUCGGAUGCAUCAAUAUUCCUUUGAAUGAAAUUCCCGUUAUGGGCUACGACACCUGGUUCAAGCUUGAGCCACGCUCGAGUGCAUCUAAAGUUCAGGGAGAAUGUCACCUGAUUCUGAAGCUCUUCACCAGCCAGAGAGACACAGCUUUGUCUAAGAAGGAGGCAAAUGUCUCAAUUCACAAGAAACUGCUGAGUCAGAUUGUGGAGUAUGAGCAUGCUCAUGUUAAGCGAGAGCCGUACAACUGGAACGGGCAGGUUUCUCCUCCAGCAUGGACUGUGCUAACUCACCAUGCUGUGCAAACUGAUCUCUCACCUCUGCAACAGGCUAUUAUUCGCUGGCAGUGCUACAGCAGCCACCAUCGGACCCAGAGGGUGUGCUACUCCCUGCUGCUGCGCCUCCUGAGGACUAUCGAUGCAGAGUGGGACCCUCCCGCUGUGCGGGGAGACCUAGAGAGGCAGCUGUCAGACAGCUUCAGGCUGUACACAGAGCACUGCCUGUGCCUGAUGAAGAACAUGCGUCAGGUUUUCCCCUGCACCAGCGCUGCUGCCAUUACACGCUACGAGCUCAUGCUGAGGGGGAUUGGGUACAUGCAAAACAUGCGUGCCUUUAAGACUGUGUGUCCUCUUCGAAAUGACCUGCAUCUCGACAUCACUACUGCUAUCAAGAAAGGAACUGCUGAGUGGUACGAGAGCUUAAUCGCUCGAUAUAAACCAGAGGAAGGAACUCUGGAGGAACAGCUGAAGAAGCUGGUUCAGGUGAUUGAUGCUGUAUGUGUAGACGUCCAGAGGGCCCAGAACAUCUACAACAAACUUUUCUACAGUGCAGUGAAAGUAGAUUUCUUCAGCAUAUCAUACAGAUUGUUGGAAAAGCAGGUAGCUGAUGAUGUGAACAUGGCGAUGGAGCGGGUGUGUGGGACUCUCGAGCAGGAGAGCUCCAGACUGACUCAGACAAUGGGAGAGACCAUCUUCGAGCUCUUCAUGUCCUUGAAAAUCCUCAAAGGCUUUCGAGAGUUUCUUCCUCUCAAGGAUGCUAAAAUGUUGGCCUUGACAGGUUUUCAUAACUGGUUCAAGUCCUCAAUUCACAAGUGGCUGCAGAUUGUUCACGACAGGUCCUGUGACAGGAUUCGCAAGGCAGUGGAAACAGAUAAGCUUGGACCUUUGCAGCAAGCCAAGCACAGUUCCUCAGCAGUUGAAGUGACAGCUUGCUUCAGCCAGGUACGCGAGAUCUGGGUCCAGCUGGCCUGGCCAGACUCUGCGGGGGCCUUCAUCUUUGUCACACGUUUGACAGACAAUUUCUGCAGUGAGGCCGUGUGCUACUCAGAGAUGAUAACGCACAAGAUUGAGAGGAACCAGCUGGGCCGAGACCACAAGAGUUUCACAGUGCAGCUCUGCAUCGCCCUGAACAACAUAGACCAUGUGCGCGUUUUCCUGGGUCACCUGCCCCGGGACCUGGACUGGCAGGGUGUGGAGCGCGCCAUGGAGGAAUCAUGUGGGGUGGAGGGGAAAGAGCAGGUUUACAAGGCUCUGAAUGGACAGUUGUUCAACAUGGACCUGGACCUGCAGAGAGAAGCUAAACGCCUCAUCACACUGCUCACUGACAAGAUGCUGCCUGAGCUGCGGAGGUACAUCCAGCACAUCAGCCUGUCUCCUGACUCCAUCAACAAUGAUGACGCUGUUUCCCCUCUCAUGAAGUACUUACAAGACACUAUGGUCAUCCUGACAGAAAACCUUGUAAAAGAAAAUCUAACCAGAGUUCUCCAGAGCAUGUGGGAGCUCCUCCUGCGGAUGAUCCUGGACACGGUCACUGAAAACAGGGGUGUCCAGGUGGAGUUUUACAACCGCUUCCAGUACACAGUAGAGACUCUGUUGCAGUUCUUUCAUGCUAGGGGAGAGGGUCUAUUCCUGGAAGACAUGAAGAGCGGAGACUACAAGGUCUUGGAUGAGGAGCUGAGGCUGAAUAAAUGUUCAUCCUUUGAGCUGAUUGAACAGUACUAUCUAGAGAAGAUUUCCCACCAGAAAACUCUCAAACAUACACGUUACGGUCGGAUCAGCGUGAAGUGCUACUAUGAUGCUCCAGAGCAGCGCCUGACAGUGGAGAUCCUGCAUGCUGCCGAUAUCAUUGCACUGGAUGCCAAUGGUCUGAGUGAUCCCUUUGUCAUAGUGGAGCUAUGUCCUCACCACCUCUUUCCUAUGGCCAAGAGUCAACGCACGCAAGUGAAGCUUAAGACGCUGCACCCAGUGUUCGAUGAGCUCUUUUACUUCCACGUCAGUCCUGAACAGUACAGGCACAGGUUUGCCUGUUUGACCUUUACUGUGAUGGACUACGAUUGGCUGUCCACCAACGACUUCGCUGGAGAAGCCGUCGCUCCUCUCAGCGACUUCUGCUGGCCGGGGAGACCGAACGCCUCAGCGGCUGGCAAGAGCGUCCAGCCUGUCAUUCUGCAUCUGUCUCGCAGUAAACCCAGCGAGAAGCCAAUCAUGGGGAUGCUGGAAGCUCGCGUCGGGGACCGGGAGGCUCAGGAGUUUGUCCGCAGGCUGAAAGAGAUUGAGAAGUCAAUGGAGGAAGAGUAAAGGGUGACAGCGCUGCCUGUGUUGGUGUUUUCUGACCACGUCUUGCGACAUGUGCUUUUGUACUGGUACAAUGUUUACACUAUUGAAAUUAUUUUUUUCCCCUCCCUGAUGUAUUGUUUGUUCAGUAAUUAUACCAAAAUGAAAAGAAAAGGAAGACAGUGAA